UUUUAUUUCAUUCGCACUAAAAUUGACAACGACAUUCGCGCUGAAUCACACAAAAGAAACUUUGAUGAGCGGAUGUUGCUCGAAAACAUCCGAGAGGACUGUAAGGCGAACCUACUGAAAGUCGGAAUACCCAAAAUAUUCCUAGUGUCUUCAUUUAACUUGGAAAAAUAUGACUUUCAGAAGCUGAUCAGCACCCUCGAAGAUGAACUUCCUGAGAACAAGAAAUUUGCUCUCAUUCAGUCUUUGCCCGUUUAUUCUCUUGAGGCCCUCAUAAAGAAGAAAACAUACUACAAGAAACUUAUUUGGCUAAACGCCUUCGCGGCAGGGGUCGGGGCGAUAGCUCCCAUCCCGGGAUUGUCACUGGUCUGUGAUUAUGGCAUCAUAAAGACGUUUUUUCAGCAAGUCUUUGUGGGCUUUGGCUUAUCAAAUCAGGCCCUAAAGGCCCUAUCAGAACGAGUGAACAAACCGUUGGAGCAACUAAAAGCCGCUAAGACGUCACGCUUCAAAGAUGGAUCCACUGAGGAUAUUGUGAUAGAUAUGCUGUCUAAACCAAUGAUUGCUAUAGCCAAGACACUGGGGACCAUACUGGCUCUGCUGCCAGGAGGAGCUCUACCAGCAGGAGGAACGGCUAUUGCUUCA